AUGUGUCACCAAUGCCGUCAUCUACCCUUUCGUGUCCACAUAGCGUUACAGUUAGCCUGCUUGCGUCAUGAUGCACCGAAGCCUUAUAAGUCAACUAUAAUUGGCGAAAGCGUCGCUCGAUUGCUGGCUUUCCUGGGCCACGACAUUCUCAAACUGAAUCAUCUUGGAGAUUGGGGUACUCAGUUUGGCAUGUUGAUCGCCCACCUGCACGACACCUUUAAGGACCUGGGUGAUCAGCCACUGCCCAUAUCUGAUUUGCAGACAUUCUACAAAGCUUCCAAAAAGCGGUUCGAUGAAGAUGACGCAUUUAAGAAACGUGCAUAUGAAGCUGUUGUCAAGUUGCAAGCCCACGAUCCGCUCUACAUUCGGGAUUGGAACAAGAUUUGUGACAUCUCCAAACGGGGUAUGAUGGAGAGCCUGGUUGCAGAUUUGCAAUCCAAGCAUCUCCUCGAAAACGACGACGGCCGGCAAAUCUUUCGAACACCCGCCUCACAGGUUCCACUUAUUAUGGUAAAGUCGGACGGCGGCUUCACAUAUGACACUUCCGAUUUGACUGCGAUCAGACAGCGGAUCCAGGAGGAGGGUGCAGAGCGCAUUAUUUACGUUGUCGACUCUGGCCAAGGUAUGCACUUCGACACUAUUUUUUCCGCUGCUACAAAGUGCGGCUACCUCGUCCCCGGUCGUGUGACAGCCGAACAUGUUGGCUUUGGCCUUGUUCUCGGCGAGGACAGAAAGAAGUUUAAAACUCGUUCGGGAUCUACUGUGAAGCUGGUCGAUCUCCUGAACGAGGGUGUAGAACGUUCGCUGGCAAAGCUAAAGGAGAAAAGGCGCGACAAGGAGCUGACUCCCAAAGAACAACGACUGGCAGCAGAAGCUGUGGCCUUUGGUUGCAUAAAAUACGCCGAUCUGGCUCACAAUCGGAACAACGAUUACAUCUUCUCCUUCGAUAAAAUGCUUGACGACCGGGGAAACACUGCAGCCUACCUGCUCUACGCCUACAUCCGGAUCAGGUCCGCGCACGUGGUUCUGGCUGAGCCGACGGAAUUUAAGCUGGGCAAAAUGCUCUGUCGCCUGCCCGAGAUCCUUCAGCGGCUAGCGACGGAGCUUCUGUUCCACAAGCUCUGUGAGUACGUCUACGAGACUCAUCGUGGCGCUCCUAUCUGCCAGGCCUAUCCAACGGCUACACUAGCGUUCUAUUCUUUCCUUCUGUUUCUCUUCUGA